UCGUGGCCCGGCGGGGUUCGCCUGGGACUGUUGGAGAGUUCGCUCUGCUCCGCAGCGCUCCGCCAUGCUGGGCGGCUGCUGGCGGGCGCUGCCGGCGGUGCUGGGCCGGGCGCUGCGGGGCCGGACGGCGGGGCCGGGCCGCCGGGCCGUCAGCACCAGCUGGUGCCCCGUGGGAGCCGCUUUCGAUGCGAAGCAGCAGCAGCAGCCACGGGGCAGGGAGACGGGUCUGUUUGGUGUUCCAGAACUGAGCUGUCCAGAGGGAUUUCAAGAAGCACAGGACAAAGCAUUGCAAGAAUCAGAACAGCUAGUCCAGAAGGCAUGUUCAACACCUCCUGGGGCAGAGACCGUAAUGAUCUUUGAUCAGCUUUCAGAUGCCUUAUGUAGAGUAGCGGACUUGGCUGAUUUUGUGAAAAUUGCCCAUCCUGACUAUGCUUUCAGAGAGGCUGCUGAAGAAGCUUGCAGGAACAUUGGUACUAUGGUAGAGAAAUUAAAUACAGAUGUUGAACUGUGUCAGAGCUUGAGACGUCUGCUAGCUGAUGAAGUUGUUAUGAGUUCACUAGAUCCAGAAACCAGGCGAGUGGCAGAACUUUUUAUGUUUGAUUUUGAGAUCAGUGGCAUACAUUUGGAUGAAGAAAAGCGUAAGAAGGCAGUGAACCUCAAUGUGAGAAUAUUGGAUUUAUGUAACGAAUUUCUGACAGGAACUCACCUUCCCAACAAGAUUGACAAACAUGUUUUGCCAGAGCAUAUUCGGUAUAAUUUUACAGCUGAAGGCAAUUACCUACAAGUUGCUGGUCUGCAUGCUGAUUGUCCUGAUGAUCUGGUGCGAGAAGCUGCUUACAAGAUUUUUCUUUACCCAAAUGCUGAGCAGUUGGGUCGUUUGGAAGAACUGCUUGCUAGCCGAAACAGUCUGGCACAGUUGGUUGGGUACAACACCUUUGCCCACAGAGCUCUUCAGGGAACAAUGGCCAAAGAUCCAGAGACAGUAAGACAAUUUCUGGAGAAGCUUUCUGACCAGUUGUCCAAAAGGACUCAAAAAGAUUUUGAAAUGAUGACAAAAAUGAAAAUGAAACUCAACCCCCAGAAUUCAAAGCUGAUGCCAUGGGAUCACCCUUACUAUAGUGGUGCCCUUCGUGCUGAGAGGUACAACAUUGAUCCUGGCUUGUACUGUCCAUUUUUCUCUCUUGGAGCAUGCAUGGAAGGAUUGAACUCUUUGUUCAGUCAGCUCCUAGGAAUCUCCCUAUAUGCUGAACAGACACAGAGAGGAGAGGUUUGGUCUGAAGAUGUUAGAAAGUUGGCUGUUGUUCAUGAAACUGAAGGCUUGCUAGGAUACAUCUAUUGUGACUUCUUUCAGCGACCUGAUAAACCACAUCAGGAUUGUCACUUCACAGUUCGUGGAGGCCGGCUAAAGGAAAAUGGGGAGUAUCAGCUGCCUGUAGUUGUUCUAAUGCUUAGCCUGCCCCGUUCAGCAAGGGGUGCACCAACUCUGCUAAGUCCUGGCAUGAUGGAGAAUCUAUUCCAUGAAAUGGGACAUGCUAUGCAUUCUAUGCUAGGAAGAACUCGGUACCAGCAUGUCACUGGAACCAGAUGUUCUACUGAUUUUGCUGAAGUUCCCUCAAUUCUGAUGGAGUACUUUGCUAAUGACUAUCGAGUGGUUAACCAGUUUGCAAGACAUUAUAAAACAGGACAGCCACUACCAAAAAACAUGGUGUCAAGACUAUGUGAGUCUAAAAAGGUGUGUGCUGCAGCUGAUAUGCAACUCCAGGUAUUUUAUGCUGCCUUGGACCAAAUCUACCAUGGGAAACAUCCUCUUAAAAAAUCAACUACUGAAAUUUUAAAAGAAACACAGGAGAAAAUUUAUGGAUUGCCAUAUGUACCUAAUACAGCCUGGCAGCUGCGAUUCAGUCAUCUCGUGGGCUACGGUGCCAAGUACUACUCCUACCUCAUGUCUAGGGCUGUUGCCUCCAUGGUGUGGAAACAGUGUUUUGCUCAGGACCCAUUUGAUAGGGCCAUGGGUGAACGUUAUCGCAGAGAGAUGCUGGCACACGGCGGUGGAAAAGAGCCCAUACUUAUGGUUCAAGCUAUGCUUCAGAAAUCACCUUCAGUUGAAGAUUUUGUGGAUGCCCUUGUUUCAGACCUAGACCAGGACUUUGAAACUUUUAUCAUGGACUCAUAAAGAUGUCCAACAGAACUGAAUUCUUAUAUGGAAGCUUGCAUUUGUCUUAAUAAUUGUGGAUAAAAUAUUGUUACGGCUGGUUUUGCUCCUUGGUCAACACUUGUAAUAUUCAUGUUGGUGAAACAGUAAUAAAUAAUUUCAUUGGAUCACCUGGUUUCAUUCAUGAAGAUGAUGGCUUUCUGUUGCAGGGGAGCUUAAUUAAGCAUGGAAUUUGAGGGAACAGAUCCUCUAACAUGUUACAAAUUCGAUCUUGUUGGAAUAUCUGAUUAAAUGAGAAUUGAACUUAUCUUCAGGUUGAAUGGAGUCAUAUGAAAGGUCUUCUGGUGUGCAUGUUGGACUCAGUAUUAGGACAUACCUGUCAAGUGUCAUACCCAGAACUAUUUGUGUGGAUCUUUCUUACAUGCUUAUGAAUAUUCUUUAAAAUUGUAACUGUAUUCCUUUCAGGAGUUCUUCACUGGGGAAAAGCAAAUUGAGUUUGCAAGGAAGGGGAAAUUGGAUGCAAAGAUGAAAUGGAAACCUAGGAACAGUAUUUGAGAUAGGAAACAAAAAGAUGGGGGAAGAGAAACUGAAGUUGUACAGGGAUGUGAUAGAAAAUGUUCGGUUGUGGAGGAAAGGUAACUUGCAACACAAAAAGAAAGAAGAGACAAAGGAGUAAAAUAAGUAGCCCACAAAUGUUUCCUAGUGGUUAACAUGGAAAUUAGUCAUAGUUCUAUAGCUGCAGUUAUCCAAGGGGUGUAUUUGUGGCCACUUUUGUAAGUAAAAAUAGUAUCUUGUUAUAGGAAGCCAUUGAGCAGAUCUCUAGAUUUGGAAUAGAGUACCAAACUUUAAAGAUAAAUACAAAAGAUGGACUGUUCAUUGUAUGUGGGGCAUAAAAUGGUUGAGAGGAGGACUGGAAUUUACAAGCUGCCAUAAAACUGAUCUUGCUGUUGAAUAAGUAUUUUUUUAAAUAUCCAGCAGAGUUAGAAUUUUAGUUUUUAGGCUAAUCUUUUGCAGAUCUUCUGUUGACCUUCACUGCUCCAGGGUCAGCAGUUGUUUUCCAAAAAAUACUUUUCCAUUACCUGGGUCCUUUUGUCCUUUCAUCUGUUAUCUGGGUGUGUUUGUUUUGUUCUGUAGUGGUGGUUUAGUUUAGCUUAAAUAUAUAUUAGUAUUUAUGCUGCAUGGGUACAGCAUGAGUCUGGUCCCUGUGUGCUUGUUCACAUGGAAAUUCCUUUUGAUGACAAGCAGAUAAGUGUUGGGGAACUAUUUAAAGUAUAGUAGGACAGUUUUUUUUGGGGCGGGAAAUAGUUCAAAUAAAAAGGUUUUCUCCAGGAUAGUGUGAAGCAGAUAAGGUUGUGCAUUAUGUUGUGGAGGAUGAACAAAGAAAAUGUUAUCAGUGGAGUUCUCUUUUUCUCUUCAAGUAAGUUAUGAAAUGGUAUUUGAGUACCUAUUGGGGGGGAAAAAAAAAAAAAGUGAUGAUUUUUUUUUCACUAGAAAUGGACUUGUCUUUUAGAGUUCCUCUGUAGGUUGUUAUAAAAGUUAUCGUUAAGUGUCCUGCUCAGUGGAAAUGCAGUAAGAAGCAAGAGAGAAAGAGAAUCAAAUUUGAGAGAUGAGGGCAGAUAGCUGGGACAGAAGAAGUAAAGAAUAAAAAUAAAAGAAUAUAGAAUAUAGAAUAAUUGGAUGUUUGGGAAAGCAUAAAUAAGAAUGUGAGCUGAUGGGAUGAUUGUCCUUUUGUUUUAGCAGAAUUUGUGCUGCCGAGUAUCGAACAGUAUUUGACCCUAUUUUUCAUUUUGUGUGCUUUUGCAUGGUGGGAAUUUGUCUUGUGUGAAUAACACUGCCAUUCUGUUAGAGCUGGGUUUAGACAUUUAUAGAAAUUAAAUGUUUUCAUUAAACAGUAGCAGGAAUGUUUUCAGACGUGUA